UCAGCGUGAAUAACACGGUAGUACAAGUUGUUACUUGCCAUUAAUACUCAGAAAGAGUACUUUCAUUUAUUUACAUAUAUAAAAAAAGUAUGUUUGUGGCAAUACCUGAGAAAAUACGCUAUCGGUAAUAUCUCUAUUCUGUGGGUUCGAGAGAGCUCGUGAAUGAUAAUCACAUCUUAAAAUCUUUGUUAAGUUUUGGUGGGCAGGAAGAAGAAUCAGGAGACGUGGUUGGUCUCGUAAUUGGUUUUACAACGAGAUUUUCCAAGGCGCUGGUUAUCAUUAAAAACUUUUUAGGGUUAUUAUUUAAGAACAAUGGCAGUUAGAACCCAAGAAGAUUUGGCAACCCUUUCUGAACUGGAUGAAAAAAGUUUACUGGAAUCACUCAGCAACAGAUUUCAACAAAACCAAAUAUAUACAUACAUUGGGGAUAUUCUUGUGGCCAUAAAUCCAUUUAAAUACCUGCACCUGUAUGAAAAACCAGUAUCUGAAAAGUAUAAAUGUCAUGAAAAAGGCGAUCUACCUCCCCAUAUUUUUGCUGUUGCUGACAGAGCUUACCAGUCCAUGCUAGGAAGGUUAGCAACUGGGCCCAGCAAUCAGUGCAUUGUUAUCAGUGGAGAAAGUGGUGCUGGGAAGACGGAGAGCACAAAACUGCUGCUACGACAGAUCAUGGAGCUGUGUAAAGCAAACUCUCAACUUGAACAGCAGAUUCUGCAGGUCAAUCCCCUACUAGAAGCUUUUGGAAAUGCACAAACAGUAAUGAAUGAUAACAGCAGUAGGUUUGGAAAAUAUAUUCAACUCCGAUUCCAGAACGCUUCAGUGAAGGGUGCUAAAAUCAAUGAGUAUCUGCUGGAGAAAUCUCGAGUUGUGCGCCAAGAUGAAGGGGAGAGGAAUUUCCACAUUUUCUACUGCAUGUUGGCUGGGAUAUCUGCUGAAGAUAAGGAGAUGUACGGGCUGCUGAAUCCAGACUUAUACAGAUACAUUAAUGGCAAAUAUGGUUCCCCUGAAAUGGUCAACCAGUGGAGUACCAAGUACAAUGAGGUGUGCAAUGCCAUGGAUAUGGUUGGAUUUGAAGAACAGGAGCAAGUGGACAUGAAGACAAUCCUUGCUGGAAUCCUGUCCCUUGGGAAUAUUAUGUUUGAACCACAGGAAACUGGGAUCCUGAAAGUAACAGAGCAGUCCAAUGGCUGGCUCAAAGCUGCUGCAGGCCAGUUUGGUGUACAGGAGGAGGAGCUAGUGAAAUGUUUAAUUUGUACUACAUCGGUGACUCGAGGUGAAUCCAUUAAGAGGAACCAUAGUCAGCAGCAAGCAGAAGAUGCAAGAGACUCCAUAGCAAAAGUAGCCUACGGUAGAGUGUUCGGUUGGAUUGUCAGCAAAAUUAAUGAACUGCUCGCCCCCAACGUGAACUUGAAUGAAGAACAUCAAGAAAUUGGUAUUUUGGAUAUUUUUGGAUUUGAGAAUUUUACUGUGAACAGAUAUGAACAGCUCUGUAUAAACCUUGCCAAUGAACAACUGCAGUAUUUCUUCAACCAUCACAUCUUUUUGAUGGAACAAAAGGAAUAUAAAGAGGAGGGCAUUACAUGGGAAACAAUUACAUUUAAGGACAACAAACCCAUCUUGGACCUUUUCUUGGCCAAGCCUCUUGGAAUCUUCUCACUGUUGGAUGAGCAAAGUGCAUUUCCUAAAGCAACUGACACUAACUUUGUUGACAAACUCAACAGCAAUUUUAAGGGAAAGCCACACUUUGAAAUUGUUAGGAGUCACAACCCUAUGUUUACUGUUGUACAUUAUGCUGGAAAGGUUCAGUACAACGCCAGUGGGUUCUUGGAGAAGAACAGGGACACAAUCCCAGCUAAUAUCCGAGGGUUAUUCAUCAACAGUGUAACCCCUCUGCUCAGUGUGCUGUUUGCAGCUACAAUAUCCAGAACAGGCACGUUAAUGCCACAACGCAGAGCCAAGCUCUUACAAGCUGUUGAAGACAACUUCAACUCAACCAGAAAACAGUCGGUGGGAGCGCAAUUUAAGCAUUCUUUAGCAGUGCUAAUGGAAAAGAUGUUUGCUGCUAACCCACACUUCAUUCGCUGUAUUAAACCCAAUACAAGCAAACAACCUGAUUUACUGGACAGAAAGGUUGUAAUGGACCAGUUAAGAUAUAAUGGCUUGCUGGAAACUAUUCGCAUCCGCAGAGAUGGAUUUUCAUGGAGACCCUCGUUUGAGGAAUUUGCACAAAGGUACCGGAUUCUUCUGAUUAAGCCUGAUAUUCCAUUGAACAAAGAAAGCUGCAUGUGUAUUCUGAACAACACUGACCUUAAAGACUGGAAAUGUGGAUCCACACGAUUUUUCUUCAAGUACUGGCACCAGGAGCAGUUGGCAAAAUGUAUAGAUAGACUGGGGAGGGCUGCCACAGUUAUUCAGAAGAUGUAUCGAGGGUUCUGUUGCAAAAAGAGGUAUGUAGCACUUGUUGCUGAGAUGAGGCUGAGACGGGAGCAAGAGAUGAGGAAGCUUAAACAAGAACAAGAGGAAGAAGAGAAGAGGAGACAACUGGAAAUUGAGCAGCUGGAAAUGGAGCAGGAGAACCAGGGCCCCCCUACAGCCCCUGUUCCUUUUCCAAGAAAGAGAAAACCUCAGCCGAGGCCCCGCUCUGUACCUGUAGAGACCUUGCAGCCCCACCCUCUGCCCCCUGUGCCACGGCCACGCAGUAAACUCCUGGAGGCCACUCCAUUUGACAAUGAUUUGGAAAAUGGGACUGUCCUGCACAUGAAUGCUCAAGAGAAGGCUGAAGCUAAGCAGCGCUGGAAUAAAAGGUGUAAUACUGUCCGCUGGUUUAGGGAGACCCAGGCCAGGAAAGUGGUCAGAAAUGGUGCUUUUCCAAACUGGUUCCAUGGCAUGAUCACACGCAGACAAGCAGAAGAUUUAAUGACUGAUAAACCCCUUGGCUGUUUCUUGAUUCGAGUUAGCGAGAGUAGAGAAGGUUAUACACUAACAUUCAGGGGUAAGGACCGGUGCCGACACUACAUGAUUGAGAUGCAAACAAAUGGCAAGUAUGUCAUUUUAGGAGAGGCCCGAGCCCAUCCUUCCUUGCUUGACUUGAUAGAGUAUCACAAGAAGGUUGGCAUCAUACCUUUCAUGGAGCUUCUCACAGCUCCCUGUGGACAGAGAAGCAAUGAGGAGCCGGAUUACGAAGAGCUCAAGAACCUGUUACUGAUUCCCUCAUCCCUGGCUGCUGGAGAAGAUUCUGAGCCUCCUGUCCGUCUAGAACUUCUCAAACUCUUUGCGCCUCCGGAUCAGAACCAGACGCUAGAAAGACAGGUGCCACCAGUGUUGAAAAAGAUCUCUGAGAAGAAACUAAAGACAGAAGCAAAGGAGACCCAGCGGAACUGUUCCGAGGAUCAUGAAGAGAGCAGUAACAGACGGCACUUCCCUCGGCUCUACCCUUCCAUACGCUUAGCCAUGAGGGAGAUCCAGCAAGUACAGCAGCACUUUUCAGAAUGUCCAAAGGAUUAAGACAUGCAUUCAGGAUCACCUGCUUUCCAUAAUAAUAAAUAAAGAAUAAUUUGACAAAGAAGAGUGCAUCAGACUUCUGAACACGAUGGGGAAUAUUAGGAUGGGAACAUUUAUUUAUUGAUAAAUAAUUCAACAUUUUUAAAAAUAAUCUGGAUAUCUUGAAUGGUGUCUACAUUAUUAGUAAGUGAAUUAGACACUUAGUGAAUGGUGUUUUAGAAUAUUAAUGGGUUUGAAUGAUUUGUAUUAAAGACUGAUGUGUAGCAACUGUAUAUAACUGCGUCAUAUUUGAGUUUAAUUGUGUAUAUAUUUUUAUUAAGUUACAA